AUGACGAACGUGUAUGGAAAAGAAUUGCGACAAUUUGACAUUCCCUAUAAUAUCACUGGUUUCUUGACAGAACUUAAAGAAAAUUCAAAGUACGGUGAUGGUGCAGAAUGGAAAGAAAAUCAUCUAAUCGAAAACAAAAGAGCACUGGCUCUCAUGAUCGUAUCAUCAGGAUCUUUGUCACAAGAGUUCGCUGGUAAACAGCUCCCGGUGGGGGUAAGUCCCAGUACCAUUGGAAAAAUCACCAGUCCUAGUCUCAGUACUAUCUCGGCAUAUGACGUCAUGAAACCAGUAAAGGCUUUCAUAAAGAAUAGCAAGAGAGGGCUGACAUUAUUAUAUGGUCCGGAAUAUGAAGAGGUAAUAAACGACUUACCUGAACUGAUUGCUGCAGACUUUGUCCUACAAAUGAAAUUCAAGAGUGACGGAAAGACGGAGACUUUGCUCCAGACGCUGACUCCGUCUGAGAGGAAGAACUUCCUGCUGCUUCUGGACACACCUGCCAAUAUACUCAACGUCUUCCAAACAAUGAGGGGGAAAUUGCUGAAGACUCAUUUGGUCACUUGGCUUUUAAUAAUGGAAGGAAGCGACGCCUACAACAGUGUUGCCAGACUUGAGGAGUUUGUUAACGAGGGUACUCAGGUUAUUGUCUUUGUAAAGACCUCUGAUGGAUAUUUCAUUCAUUAUUUACCUUCUAUCGAUGAUUACGGAAUUACUCGAUUUACGAACAAAGGCCGGUGGGAGAUGACAAAGGACUUGAAGGAGAUCCUUUCCUUCGAGUCGCAGGAGUCCUAUGACCUGAGUGGACGCCAUUUUAAGGUGGCCAUCAAGGAACUCGUCUUAAUAAUGAAAGUGGGAAAAACCCAACCUGACGGGAGCGUUGAGGCAACAGGCACUGAUCCAAGCAUUAUGAACGACUUGGCUUCAGCUCUGAAUUUUACAUACAAAGCAUAUAUUCCACGAGACAAUGCUUGGGGAGAUCUUUUUCCGGAUGGAAAUGUAACAGGAAUCAUUGGAAUGGUAGCAAAGCGAGAGGCUGCUCUUGGAAUGUCAGUGAUGUCCAUGUCAGAUACUAGAAUGAGGGUUGUAGACUUCACUGCUGCCUACCACAGUGGACGAUACUUGUUAUUGUCAAGAUCUCCAAAAGAAAAGAAUAAGGCGUUUUCAAUUCUCAGCCCCUUCACACUUCAGAGACAUUCAAAUGAGACUGUUGGCUCACAGUCUCAUUUUGACCCGUGCGCUAUCAACUCCUUAGCAGCUGUUAAAGAAGGAUAA